AUGGAAAGCGAAGCCCACAUUCCUGAAACGCGUGUUCAAAUCGAUCAAGCUCUUUUGUCGGGUGGUUCAGAUUUGAUUGAACAGCGGAAGAAUGCCGAUUACCUUGCGGACCUACGGAUAAGUAUCGAUAAAUUUGGUUCCCUUAACCAACUAUCACCAGGAGUUCACCAGCCGUCCUUUCUCGGAGAUCAAGCUGUUACCAACUCUUCGCCAGCUCUAUCACAUCUGUCGUCUCAUGUGGCCCCUAUGGGGAACAAGUCUCAGAGCUCAACCAUCCUUAAUUCGGUUCUAUCAAAUAACAAAAUGACCAUGUGUACAUCCACGGCAGGAAGUCACGUCGACACCUCCGCUGCUAAACUUUCACAAAAGCCUAUCGUGCUUGGUCUAACUAAUGUCCACAUUAGUGAUGAAGCCUCCGCCACUUCUGCAUAUGCAAUACCCGAACGUGCAUCUAGCCCCGAUGAAUUGACUUGUGACUCAGGCAUGGAUGAUUUGUCUAUGGCGGAGGAAGAUAGAUUAAGGCUUCAUGCUGCUUGCUUGGAAGGUAGACUAUCCGUUUAUGGACGAGAAGCCGAGACAUGGCUUAGGGAACGUGCUGAACUCUCAUCGGAGGCCGCAUCCCUUCGUAAGCGCCUAGAAGCGACGGAGUCUAGUUUGUGUGAAAUAAAGGAGCAGUCUGACCGUAAAAUCGCUGAAGCCCUGGUAAAGUCACGCGAGGCGUGUGAAUCUCUUCGUUUAACACAGGAACAACUGGCUGCCAAGACGAGCGAAAACGAACAACUAUCCGCAAAUCUAGCAGCUGCCCGCCAUGAUUCCAUGUCGCUAAAAUCCCAACUUACUGAUAUUCAGCAAAGUAGUUUUGCAAAGGAUCAGGCCCUCUCUAGCUUAAAGGAGAAGAUGUCAGAGUUGUACGCUGAUUUGGAGUCCUUCCGAUUUGCCCACUCACAAGCGCUAGACAACAAAACUGACCUCAAUGCCGAGUUGGCCAGCUUGAGACGCUCUCAAGAAUGGUACAGGGAGCAGCUCCAGUUGACACAGGCCGCUCGAAACCGCCUCGAGGAAGAGCUCAACUCCAUGCGAAAGUGGUUGCAGCAGGGCGGAACGUCUACACAGCAGCUGGCGCAGGAAAACGCGCGUCUUGAAACGCAAGUUCUGUCAAAUGAAGCAGCUUUAGCUGAAGCCAAGCGGAAUCUCUCUCGUCAACUGGAAACAAUCCGCUCCGAUAUCGUUGAAAGGGAGGCUGUUUUUGAAAAGAUAGUCGCAGAACGUGAUGCCCUCGAAUCAAUGUGUCAACAAAAAAGCAAUAAGGUCCUCGAAUUUCAGACCCGUAUAUCUUCUUUACAGGCGGAUUUGAAUGAGGCCGAACUCGAAGUGUCCGGACUUUGCUCGUCCCUAGAUCAACUCAAAAAUACGUUGCAGUGUGUCGAAACUGAAAGAGACAACUUACGCACAAUGGUUAACAGCCUGGAAAGUCAGUUAAAUCAGCAAAAGUUGCUUAUGGACCAGCAGUUGGCGAAGCACAAGGAGGUUUGCGCAAAGCUGAUUCGCCUAGAAGGUAGCAAUAGCGAACUAACUGCAAAUCUGAAUAAAGCACUUGAAGAAAAGGCUGCUAUCGAGGCUUCUUUGCAGGCUACUUACAAGGAGAGAGCCACACUUGACGCCUGUCUCAUUCAAUUGAAGGAUGAUAUAUCUCGUGUUGAAUCUAAUUUUUCUUCCCUUCAAUGCGAACUGGAGUCGAAAAAUUCUGAGCUUUCAUCCGUCCUUGUUAUUCGGGACGAGCUCUCCAGUGACCUUGAGGUGCUACAGGCCACCCUGCGAGAAAAAGCCGAACAGAUUCAAGAGAUCAAAACCGAACGGGAACAGUUACAGAACGCGUCAUUGUCUUUGCAGGCUGAAAACGAAGGCCUUCGUGACGACAUAAAACGCCUCCAGGAUUCAAUCGGCCCCGCCUGUGAGGAUGCGGCUAACAAGGCCCGUCAGCCUCUCAUUACUGAGAUUGAAAGGCUAAGCACUCUAUCAGAUAGCCUUCAAACCGAACUCUUAGGUCUACGCGAUCAAGUUACCAAUCUGCUAGUCGAACAGGAACGUUAUUGUACCCUUUUAACUCGUCACCAGUCGCUACAACAAGAAUAUGAUGAAUUAAAAUCCACCCACACCGCCUCAGUAGAGGAAGCCAAUGCAAAACAGUCUGAGCUCUGUCAAAAGUUGCAACAAAUCGAGGUGUCGUGCUCCCAAACUUUGCUUGAGAAAUCCUCUGAAAUAGAUUCUCUCACACACCGGCUCGAUGAAAAAGUCAAGGAGACCCAUGUCCUUCAAUCCGAAAUUUCCGCAGUGAAGACCAAGCAUCAACAAGAAUUAACUCAACAAGCAGCCGACUGGGCCUACCGACUUUCCGAACUCGAGUCCCGUCUCCAUGCUGUUGACGCCCAGCGUAUUGAGGUAGAACAACAACUCCGAGCGGUUUUAGAACGGGAAAAAGAUAUGACCUUCCAGCACCAAAAGCAAAUGGACGCUCUUCGUGCUGAAGUUGCCAAACUAGAAUCCCGCCUUUCUAAAGCCAAUGACUUGGAACUUAAACAUCGCCAGCUACUUCUUGAAUUGGAGACUACAAAGGGUCGUGAAAUGGGUCUCUCUGACGCAAUGGAAGGAUUGAAGCGUCAUACAGCUAAUCUGGAAAGUACACUCUCCCAGCGCGAGGCAGACAUUGUGGAACUUGUCGAUCGCGCGGAAAAACAUUCUAUUGCCUCGAAGGAGGCAAUGAAGUCGGAGGAGUCAGCUGCGAUCCCUUCUGUCCAAGUUCAGCACCCUGUCUAUUCGGCUCCUCCAGUUCCUUGUUCAAACUGCCAGCUGCUAUCUUCCGAAAUUGCAUUGCAUUCCGAUGCGGUUAGCCGCGUGCAGGUCGAGAUGGCAAAAGUGCAAGCGGCGCUAGAGUUGGCCAAACAGGAGUUGGCUGCCCAGUCAGCAAAAACUGCCAACGAGGUGUUUGCGCGCCAGCAGGCACUCGAGGCUAAGCGUCAGGCUUUGGAAGAGAUCGAGCGGCUGAAUAUUGAAUUGGCGGAGACACGAGAAAAACUCCUGGAGGCCAGCAACAUGGCUGAAACCGCCCGGGCUGAUGUUGAGUCACUGCAAGCGUUAUCUAGCGCCAAUGAGCACUCGAAUUCCUCCGAAGUACAGGCACUCCAGUCGGUCAUUCAAGCUAUGACGAACCACUUGGAGUCUUUGAAAAAAGAGCUGGCUGAAACCAAACAGGAAGCCUGGCACUAUCAGGCCAACCUCUCCGAUUUGCAAGGGUCCCUCCGUGGUUUGAUUGAACAGAGCCGAUUGUUCGACAGCGCCGAUUUCCCAUCUACCUCGGAUACGGACAGAAUUAACGUCGUAGAGGUUUCUCAAUUGGAGAAACUUCUUGCUGAUCGUGCCAGCGAGUCCCUACUACAAAGCAGGCCUUUGGUGCGUGUCAACAAUUACUUGGAGCUUUUGCAACAAGAAAUCGAUUCUUUGGAAAAUCAAGUCAUUCAGCACGCAGCAGUUGUUCGAAACUCUGUAGCAAGUUGGCGGUAA